CAUUUUAUGGAUUAAGAACGAAGUAUAUAAGCCUGUUUAAAUGAAAUUUUCCAUUUAAAUUGUGUUUGAUGCCAUUAUCAGUUUUGCAGUGUUUGAAUUACGUUCAGCUUAUCGCUUGCACAAAUGUUUUCCUUGUUUAAACAAAGAAUACGCGUAUGUCACACUGCUCGUCUAUGUGAUCACGUCCUAUUUCGUAUGAAUUCAACGAAAUUUAUUGAGAAAAAUGCAGUGGUUAGGGGUAGCAAAUUGCAUUACAUAAAGGCGGGCGAAGAAAAUGGGAGAAGCGCUGUGUUAUUGAUGCCCGGUGCGUUGGGAUCAGGCAUUACCGACUUCAAACCGCAAAUCAAUGAUCUACCGAAACUUUUGCCAAACUAUGCCGUAAUUGCAUGGGAUCCUCCCGGUUACGGGCAGUCCACUCCACCGAUUCGACAAUUUACAAAAGAUUUUUUUACGAAAGAUGCUGACUAUGCAGUGGAAUUGAUGAAAACCAUCGGGUACGAUGCUUUUUCAAUACUCGGUUGGAGUGACGGCGGUAUAACUGGUAUGGUAUUGGCAGCUAAAUAUCCACUUGUGGUGGAAAAGCUAGUGAUUUGGGGGUCGAAUGCGUACAUCAUCGAAAAAGAAACUAAAAUUUACGAGAGCAUACGAGAUGUGAGUAAUUGGUCGCCUAGGAUGCGGGAACCAAUGGAAAAAAUGUACGGUGCGGAAAAUUUCGCCCGAUUGUGGAGCGACUGGGUCGACGUUUUUCUCAAAUUGUACCGUGAGGACAACGGUGAAAUUUGCGCAAAAAGUUUGCACAAGAUUGUGUGUCCAACGUUUAUUUUGCACGGCUUGAAAGAUCCAAUGAUUGCCGAAGAGCAUACCGAUCAUUUGAGAAAAAAUAUUGCCAUAACUGAAUAUUUUGAGUUUAAAGACGGCAAACACAACAUACAUUUGAGAUAUGCUGACGAAUUCAACAAACUGGUUGCCGCAUUUUUGCAAAAAGAUUUUCCGUCCAAAUCAAAAAUUUAAAAUAUUUUCUUAUGCUUCCGAGUGAAUAAAAGCCGCCUAAUAAUUUUCAUUGUUUACAUUGUUGGCUUGUCACUGUAUUAAUGAAAUACAUUGCAAUUAUAUGGA